UUAUAAAGACCUGGGCAACCAUAGUUGACAAAUCAACUCACCAUGGGAGAAGAAGUGAAGGUGUUUAGGACAUGGUCAAGUCCGUUUGCUUUCAGGGUCGUUUGGGCGCUCCAAUUCAAGGGCGUACCUUACGAGAACAUAUACGAAGAUCUCUCCGAGAAGAGCUCUUUGCUUCUGCACUAUAAUCCUAUCCAUAAGAAGGUUCCGGUGCUUGUGCAUAAUGGAAAACCAUUAGCAGAGUCGCUUGUAAUUCUUGAAUAUAUUGAGGAGACCUGGAAGCAGACUCCUUUAUUUCCUGAAGAUCCUUAUGAACGAGCCACCGCACGCUUCUGGGCAAGAUUUGGAGAUGAUCAGGUUUUGCCUUCCGUAUUCGGUGUUUUUAUCAAGCAAGGGAAGGAGCGAGAGGAAGCAAUCGUCACAGCCCAUGGGAACUUGAAAUAUCUGGAAGAAGAGCUGAGAGGGAAAAAGUUUUUCAGCGGAGAGAAAAUUGGAUUUUUAGAUCUUGCAUUUGGUUGGGUUGCUAAUUUGGUUAGUGUAUUUGAGGAGAUACAGGGCUUGACAUUGAUAGAUCAUGAAAAGUAUCCAUUGUUAUUAGCAUGGAUUCAGAACUUCAUGGAUGAUCCAAUAAUCAAGGAAAGCUGGCCACCUCGAGACAAACUGAUCACCAAAUACCAAGCUCUUCUUGGAUCCUUCAUUCCAAAAGAGGCCGCAGAGAAAUGAGAUGGCUUGCAAGGCCUUCUCUUGAUCUCCAACUUCAAAUGAUAGCAGAGCAAUUGAAAUGUUGUAGUUGCUUUACAUGUGUGUGUAUUUUUUUUUUUCCCUAAUGUGCUUUACAAGUAUUGUUUACUUGUUAGUUGAAACAUGUUUGCGAAUAAAGGGUUUAUUGUCAUGGUUUAUUCUGA